UAAAAAUAAUCCACAUUCAAAUGGUCUUUGUGGGCCAUGAGGUUCCUCUCAUUCUUUUUAUUUUUAUUCCCUUCUCUUGUAUACGUUUUACAUUACAUUACGAUUUUUUUAUUCAAUACCUAUACCUACACCAUUUUAAGCCAUUUGAAAUUCCCGCUUUUUCUUCUAAAAAUGAUGUUCAAGCACUCCGCCACUAUUCUGGCCCUAUCCACCUUGGCUGCUGUCAAUGCACAGCCCCUCGUUCCCCGCGGUGAGACUUACCCCUCGGACAUUGGAGUCAUCCUCAACAACGUUGCCGAUAGCUUUGACUUCAAUGAGUCCAGCACCAACCCAAUUGUUACCCAGAUAGGUGAUGCCGCGACCAAGCUCAUGUCCGCUUACGGCCAGGACAACCAGAAAGAAAUAGACGAGAAGGUCAUGUCUUCUUUGUUUGCGUCGCUCGAUGCUGGGAAUGACCCCAAGGUUGCGUCUCAAUUGGCUGCAAACAUUGUCUCCUUGAUCGGUGAUGUCCAGGAACUUCCCACGGAGGUUGAGGGUCAGUACAACUCGCUUGUAUCGGCUUUGCAAAAGUCCGCGGUUGCCGCUGAAAUCACGGCUAUUGUCAAUGAGGUAAUUGGUUUUGUUGCUGGCGUGCGCAGCGCUGUGCCCGAGAUGUUUGAAGACGCCCCGAAUGACGCUGAGGUUAUUGAAGAUGGAGAGCCCAUCGAGACUGAGACUGAGACUGAAAUUGAGUCCAAGGCUGAGUCAGAUGAGGAUGAGCUGUCGGAGGAUAGUGAGGAGGCCUCGGACAACCACCCCACGUCUUUUGGUAGCAAGUCCAAUUCCUCGGAGAGCUCGAGCUCGAGCGCAGCAAGCACCAGCAGCAUUGCCUCGGGUAUUCUGUCCAUUGGCGUUGUUGCCGGCGUGAUCACCGCUCUUUUCUAGAUAGCUUUACAUACUUUUUAAUACCAUCUCAAUGAGCAGAGAGACAAUAUAUAAUUAUAAGUAUAGCUAAACAGUGUAAUGUGUAAUGUGCCAUGUUUAUUUUUAAACUAAUAUUGGGGCAAACUUGAAACAAGCAUUGUUAAUAUGUAUAUUUCCUGGAUUCUUAAUUAAAAAUUGAAUGACAUUGUG